CUCACCAACUCUUUAGGGAGUUUUGUCCACUGGCAAUACCUACAAUCGCCCGAUCAAAAUCAAGGGAUAAGAAAAACCAAAAGCAAGAAAGAAAAGAAAAGAAAAAGAAAAAAAAAUAAUCUCUCCUACUUCCCCCCUCCCACCGCAGUUUUGCGUAUCAUAAAUAUGACCCCCAUGCGACCUACAACCCUCAACAUCUCGGACCGACCCGACCACUCCUCGUCGUUCCAGAGCAGUAACUUCCCCUCCUCCUCAUCCCAUGCCCGCUGGCUCGCCCUCACGCACCGCGCCCCUUCCUCGCACUCCGCCUUCAUCUACGGCGUCAAGUCCACCAGGAUCUACUGCCGCCCGACCUGCGCCGCGCGGCUGGCGCGGCGAGCCAACGUCGAGUUCUUCGACACGGCCGAGCAGGCGCGGGCCGCCGGCUUCCGGCCGUGCAAGCGCUGCCAGCCGGACUGCGCGAGCUUCGUCGGGGAGAGGGAGGGCCUCGUGGCGCGGGUCAUCGCGCUCCUGCGCGUGCAACCCGGGGGUCUUUCCUCCCCCUCCUCCGGCCCCCCGCACAUGAGGCUCCGCCUGAAGGAUCUGGCGCAGGAGGCCGGGGUGACGCCUAGCUAUCUGUGCCGCGUGUUUAAAAGGACGAUGGGUGUCACGAUCGGGACGUAUAUGGCGGAGUUUGAAAAGGAGGGCUGCGGCGCCGAGGGAGAGGGAGAGGGAGAGGAAGAGGUGGCAGUUGCGCUGCCGGCCGUCGGGUCGGAUCAGAUGAACGCAGGAGCAGAGCAUGCUAUGUCGACGAUGAUACAGAGCGAAGGACUAACGGAGAUGGAAGGAGAAGGAGGAGGAGGAGGAGGAGGAAGAAGAGGAGGAGCAACACUCUCGACUCCCACGGAAUGCUCAUGGAACUUCUUGCCAGAGGAGAAUUUGCACGGAGUCGAUCCCACCCUUCCGACCUUCGAUCUUGAAGAAUGGUUUGCCUCUGCGGCGUUUUUGAAUUCGAACCUCUUUUUAGAUGAUAGCGUUCUCGUAUAGGGGCCUGGAUGAUACAGUCUACAGGUAGUGGUCAGGUCGCAGCAUAGCCGAGAAUCUACCAUCCGCUCAGAAAUGAACCAGACUUACCUAG